AAAUUUAUGAUAGAACAAUGGGUAAUUUAAUUACUAAUGCUUCCGGUAAUUAUGUCACCAUUGAAGUUAAUAACAAAAUAAUAUUUUCAACCUUAGAAAGUUUUUCAAACAAAGUUGAAGGCAAUGAAUUUCUAUCAAAAGCGGUUAAUGUUGGGGCUACUGCUUUGGCCGCGGGUGCGGCGGGAUUUUUCACAGCUGGAACGGGAGCGGCGGCUGUAAUGAGUGCCGCAAGUCUGGCAUCAGCAAGUACAUCAACAAAAGAAAAAGCGUCAUCCUUAACGGCUAGUGGUGGAGUUGGUGGAGCAGCAGUCCGAGGAGCGGGAAUGGCAGCACUUCAAUCGGGAAUAACGAGUGGAAUUCGCACUGCUGCCGAUGCGGCAGUUUCCAAUGAAACUUACCAUCAAAGCACUUUUUAUCAAUUGCAAAACAAAUAUUUUUACAGUGGACGCCAUCCUAUUGGGUUAGAAGUGAGAUUUAGCCAAAUUAAACUUAAUCAAUAUCUCCGACAAAAGGAAAUCAAGGGUCCGCUUUUCUACGAUUACUAUAAUAUUCAACAUUUAGGCGAUUAUCUAAAUACCAAAGAAAAUGGCAUAUAUUUGGGUGAUGAUUUUUAUGAAAAAAAGGUCGAUGAUUUCACUCCUAUAAGUUCAAAAGGGGCCUUAAUGAUUGCUCCAUUAGAAAAAUUAGGCGAAGAAAUGACACAAGAGGAAUUAGAAAAAGAAGGAAAUGAAAUAAAAAGAAUGAUUGAGGAAUGGAUGGAAAAACACAAAAAAGCGGCUUUGUUCGUUCAAGAGUGA